CUUUGUAGUCUGAAAGCUAUAUGUUAAAUUGAAUAUUGACUACCAGCCUCUCGUUGUUAUUGGAGAUCCCCUAAACAAUCCCGCGAUAUAUUUAUGCCCUAACAAAUACUCCCACCCAUCACGCUAAUCUGCAUGCUCCACUUAAAAAACAAAUUACCUCCUGAAUAGACGCAAACUGCCACAACAGACAAGCACUUCAAACAUUUAGUUCCAUCAAUUAAAUACAGAUGUGCCCGGUUAAUGGCAUCAUCAAUGAGCCAGUAAUAGUGACAGUCAAAGUUUGUGAUGAGGCUAAAGGAGUUGAACAGGAUUUCAGAUGUGAGCUGGACGUCCUUAUGAUUGAGAUGCCGUACUUCAAAGACUUUUUGAUUAAGGAUGGUCAGUUUAUCAGCGAAGUUGAAAUACUUGUUCACUGUGACCUAAAAAUAUUCGAGUGGCUACUAGUUUAUGCUAGGAAGCACAUUGAUCCUGAAGCGUAUAAAGAAUGCAUUUUGUCAACUUCGAAUGUCCUUGCAUUAUUAGUUUCAUCGAACUUUCUUAAAAUGGAACAUCUGACUUCUGAAUGUUUAGAGUAUUUCUGCAAACAUGCUGGAGCUAUUAUAGCAAGCCCUUUCUCUUUAGAUUGUUUGGGCGAUAGCUUAGUUGAACGCAUCGCCCUCAGGUUGAACUUGGAGGAACUGGAUAAGAUCAAGGAUAAGAAAGACAAAAUAAAAAGCAAAAUCUUUUUCAAGAAAAUUGAACAUUUGUUUGAUCCUGAGUAUACUUCUCCAUACUGUCCUAACAAUGCAGCGUAUCUAUUUCGAUGUCAAAAAUGUGGUAAAGUACUGACGAGAAAUAUUUCAAUUAUUGUACCUUGUCUUCCAAAUCGCUUUAUAAUUAGUCGACGUGGCGAUAUGAUACCUGUUCAUGACCCUAUGGAACCAAGUGGGAACGAAUUGAUUUCAACAGAUGAACCAUCGCAUCAAUAUAUUGAGGCUAAUGGUUAUUCGAAAUAUUCACAUACACCUACAUCAUCAACUACAUCCCCGAAUUUACAUUGUCGAUCAGUAGUCAUAUCAAAUAUUAAUGAACAAACAACCACGCCAGUUAGUCAAAAACUAACACGUUUUUCAUGUACAGAACUUUUAAUUCAAUGGUUUAUGGAAUCAGGAAACUGGCGCGAUGUAUUUUGGAAACUGUGGGCUACAAUAAAUCUUCAAUUAUGCAAACGUUGUGGUCAACAAUUUCCUAUAGUUGAAUUAGGAGAUGGUUGUUACUAUCAUCCGAUGACUCCCGUACCUGUUCAAUCAAGUCAAUUAGUUAAUAAUACAGUUUUAAUGAAAAACGAACUGUCAACUAGUCUAGAUAACUGUCAAUUUGAUUAUGAAUAUGAUGAUAUUUCCAGUAAUAAUCGAUUCACAUCUACAUUUAAAAAACCAGAAAAUAUCGAAUUUCAUUGUAUAAAUGCUAAACCUCAUGAAUUAUUGUCAAAAAAUCAUUCACAAUCAAAUAUUACUAUUACUGGUUUAUCAAGACAUGACAAACCUGAUUUCAUCUAUCCAUGUUGUGGAUUUGGCUUAUCAAGAUUCAGUUUAUUCCCAACUCAAACUGGAUGUCACAGAAGUGAACAUAUUUUGAAUGAAGAUAGUUCAGAUCCUGUAACAAAGUUAUGCAUACAACAUCGUGAAAUGAUUAUGUCAUGGGCUACUAAACGAUCAUUCAAUCAAAAUAAUAACAAUAAUUUAUCUGGUUCUGUUAUUAAUGAUGGACAUUCAUACAAUUAUAAAAUUGACUUAAAUCAAAUUAUUUGUAAUAAAGAACUUGUUUACAAAGCUCCAGCAUUUACACUUUUAGCCUGUUUAGAUAAAGAACCUGAUAAAUAUAAUAAACCAGAAAUGUCGAAUUUUUUUAAAGCAACAAUUAAUAAUCAACCGGUAGAGCCAAUAUUUGAUACUAAAUAUGAAGAUCGACUAGUUCAGAUUAACCAAUCAAAUGAUAUUGACAAUAUAGUGAAUGGUUUAACACCAAUAAUUAAUUCGAAUGGAUUAUUAUCGUCAACACUUCAUGAACGUGUAUGGGACACAGGAAAAUGUAAUCGAAUUAAUCAAGAUAAUCAACGUCAAGAAGAUUUACGUCGAAUGCAAAAACUCACUGAAUUCUUAUGUGCACAACGUCAAAAAACAACCACAUGUUCAGAGAUAACAACUUCUAAAGAAUAUCAGGCUGGAAUUUACACACGUUUAGAUUCACAGUGGCGUUCACAAUCCAGCUUAACACCAUCGAAAUCAACAGUUAAUCCGAUUAUUCGAAAAUCUAAAUCUCAGAUCUCUUCACUUCCGUUUCGUUAAUUGAAUAUAUACAUAUAUUAAGCCAAUAAAUCAAUUUAUUAAUUGAGAUCAUGAACCGAUUGAUGUUAGACCACCACUGAAAACUUGGAAGCACUGGAAGACCGUUCCAUGCUAUUGUGAGACUCAGCAGUACACACCCAUGAUCCCGCCCGCCGGACUCGAACCCAGGGCCUUCAGUCUCGCGCUCGAACGCUUAACCUACUGGACUACUGAGCCGGCAUUCAAUGGUGUUAACGUCUAAUCUCAACCAAUCCACGAAGUUGCGUAACCAUCUUCCAUUGUACUGAGGUAGAUAUCUGUCUCUACUGGACACGGAUUAUCUCCACUGGUCCUGGCUUCUCACUAAAACUCUGAGAAUCCUCUGACAAAACUCGUCAUUAGUGAGCACAUGGUAAAUUUCAAGAUAAUAAAAGACUGAAAUUUCUCUCAAUCAUGAACCUAUUCUCAUUUGAAUAUACUUUUACUAUAAUAUAAAAGAAUUUUAGUUUAAUCGGAUGUUUUAUUCUUUUCACAGUUAGAUAGUUUCAUUAACACAAGCACUGAAAAAAUUAUUCAAAAUAACAAUAAAAUCCCUAUAAAUAAAUCCCCUAUCUCCGGGGAUAUAAUACCAUCUAAAUUAUUUGAUUGUAGUUUUAAUAAAAAUUUAUGAUAAUAUGAAUUUUUUACCUUUCAUGAUCAUGUUACACACUUUUAUUUUUUUUGUUUUUAAAAAUCAAUAAACAGAAUUACUAAAAACACCCUUGAGAUUUCAAAAAAAAUUUUUCUUAUAAAAAGUAACUAUGACAAAUUUAAUUAAUCAUUUCACUUAUACUUUUUUUUGUUGUUGUUGCUAUACUAUCAAAUCUUUAUUGAAUGUCAUAUGGUGUUUUGUCUUUUUCUUACAGAAAUAAAUUUUUUUUAAAAAAAAGUGUUUAAAUGGCUAAUAUUGUUAACUAAUAUAAUACAUUUAUUGAUAUAUAAUUCCUUAA